AUUCAUUAUCUCAUUGCAUGAAUCAAUUGCCAAAAUGACUGCCAAACCCUGCCCCUCUUACGAGUCCUGGUGGUACUCAGACUCUGCUCGAUAUGAGUACCUCAAGAGCGACCUCUUCUGGACACUGGCCAUCCUCAUCGUAGCCAAUAGCUGGUGGUCAGCUAAGCAGGUCGAUUCAUUCCCAAAUGAAGACGACAACGAAAACGAUACUGCCGCCGUAAUCAAACCCAGUCCUGCAACCCAACCGCGACGCCCUGGCUUCUGGCUCAAGGACCGCAUCACAUCACGCCUCCACCAAUACCUCGCACUCUUAGUGUGCGCUUCUGCGUUCCCUGUCCAACUCCUCCACGGUUCCUGGGUCCUGAAAUCCGCGUGGCGGAUCUCUUGGGGAGUAUUUAAACGAACCUAUCCAGGUUCCCUCAGACCACGUCUUCUGGGCAUCGCCCUCUACUCUCCUGUUGUUACCUUCGCAUUGCUGGUCUGGGCUGCUGUCGUGGGUGCUGGCGUCUUCAUCAUCGCGACACAGAUUCUUCUUUGGAGCAAGGUCUGGGGGAUGGAUCCUAAUGUACCACCCCAUCUUCCUUCUCCCAAGGAUGUUAAGAGGAAAAUCGAUGGUGAUGGAGACUGGGAUGAUAUCAAGGAGGAUGAACAGGAAGGAGUUAAGAAAGAUUAGUUUCUGUU